CAAAAAAAUUAAAAAAAAAAUUGGAUUCUUGAAAAAAAUGGAGAAAAACAGCACAACAAUUGUGUGGUUCAGGAGAGAUUUGAGAAUAGAAGACAACCCAGCUUUAGCAGCUGCAGCCAAAAACGGCGUCGUAUUACCCGUUUUCAUAUGGUGCCCGAAAGAAGAGGGUCAAUAUUAUCCGGGUCGGGUUUCCCGGUGGUGGUUGAAGCAAUCCCUUAUCCAUUUGCAGCACUCUUUAAAAUCUCUAGGGGCAGAAUUGGUAUUUAUCAAAGCUGAGAGCACUCUCUCUGCUUUAUUGGAUUGCAUUAGUGCUGUUGGUGCAACAAAAUUAGUAUAUAACCAUCUUUAUGAUCCGAUUUCGCUUGUUCGGGAUCACGCUAUUAAGCAGAAAUUGGUCGAGCUCGGAAUAAACGUGCAAAGCUAUAACGGCGAGCUAUUGCUCGAGCCGUGGGAAGUGUAUGAUGAUAACAAUCGAGCUUUUACGACUUUCGAUGCGUAUUGGGGUAAAUGCGUAAAUAUGCAAAGGGAGCCCGUUUCGCAUCUUCCACCGUGGCGGUUGGUGCCGGCCGGAGGAAUGGCGGAGAGUGCUCCAAUCGAGGCAUUGGGCCUCGAAAACGAAUCGGAAAAAUCGAGCAACGCCCUACUCGGACGAGGCUGGUCGCCAGGCUGGCAAAAUGCCAACAAAGCAUUCUCCGAAUUCCUCGAACACAACCUCCAAAGCUACUCAACCGAAAGCCCCCUCAUCGGUGGGGCCCACUCCACCUCCCUCCUAUCCCCCUAUCUCCACUUCGGCGAACUAAGCAUCCGAAAAGUCUACCAAUCCCUCCUCAUGAAACAAAUCGUAUGGAAAAACGAGCAAAACACCGUCGGAGAAUCCUCCGCCGCCCUCUUCUUGAGAUCGAUCGGGCUCAGGGAAUAUUCCCGUUACAUAUGCUUCAACUUCCCGUUCACACACGAGCGGCCUUUGCUCGGCGCGCUGAGAUUCUUCCCUUGGGAUUUCGACCAGGCUCGGUUUAAGGCCUGGAGGCAGGGUCGGACGGGGUACCCGCUUGUCGAUGCGGGUAUGAGGGAGCUUUGGGCGACGGGGUGGAUUCAUAAUAGGAUUAGGAUCAUUGUUUCGUGCUUCUUUGUGAAGUUUCUUCGUUUGCCUUGGCAAUGGGGGAUGAAGUAUUUUUGGGAUACACUACUUGAUGCUGACCUGGAAUGCGAUAUACUCGGUUGGCAGUAUAUUUCCGGGAGUUUGCCGGACGGGCAUCAGCUUGAGCGUAUGGAUAGUCCACAGAUUCAAGGAUUCAAAUUCGAUCCAGAGGGUGAAUACGUGAGGCAAUGGUUACCCGAGCUAGCACGCGUGCCAACCGAGUGGAUCCACCACCCGUGGGACGCUCCACCAACCGUGGUUAAAUCCGCAGGAGUUGACCUUGGAGUCAACUACCCUAAUCCGAUAAUCGAUAUAGAUUUGGCCAAGGAAAGAUUAACCGAAGCAAUCGCUGUCAUGCACAUGAGAAACGAAGCCGACGGGACGGAUUGUGAAGUUGUAUUCGAUAAUUCCGAAACUACCCCCGAUUUAUCUGCUUCAGAGGUUGUUGUUGUAGUGGAAAACUUGCCUUGUCCGGCUAGUUCUUCUCGUGAUCAAAGGGUACCGUCCAUGAAAAUUUCCGAAAAUAAUAUUAUUAUUGAAAAAAGAAAAAGACCGAAACUGGGAGAGGGUGGUAGCAAUAGUAAUAAUAGUAUUGGAUCUGAGGUGUCGAGAAUGGAUGAUGACGUGGCGUCUACGGCCGAAUCUUCUUCGAGUAAGAAACGGAUGACUGAUAGUAGAAAUUACUUUUCUGUUCCUCAAAAUUACCCUUCAAUUUCUGAGGAUGAAAAGUAUCGGGUUUGCGAGUCUUCUGAAGUCAAACAUAAACGGUUUGAUGAAAUUGCCGACGAAGAUAUGUCGAACAAAAACGGAGCAACGAUGUUGAAGAUUUCCGAAGAGCAGAUUAUUAUCGGGGACGACAGCUCGUCGUUGAAUAUUUGAAUGAUGUCGGCAUGCUUUGUAGAUAAGUACUUCAUUGCUAAACAAUUUUUUUUUCUUUCUAUUUUUCACAUGUUAUGUUGGACUUUGGAUCUAUAGUAGAUUGGCUGACUGUCUUAUAAUUAUGUAACUGGUAUUCUGUUUAUAUAUAGAAUGUGAUGAGUUUUUAGC